CUACAGCGAGUGUAGGAAACGCAAAGUAUGUAAAGUUUCGUUUAUCCUUCAAUCGGACCCCCAACCAACCAACCCCUUUUGUGCACUGUUGCCUUUUCUCGAUGCGUUGCACCACACAUGCAGCAGAGUGUAAACAUAUACAAUCAUUAAAGAUCCAGCCAAGUAGUACUAGUGGACCUGUCUACUUAUGAGCAUUUUACCAAAUUACUGUGGAGCCAGAAUAUCUGGUUGCUGGACCCUGAGAUCUGAUGGCCGUGGAGCUGGAGAGGGCUCACUGGACCGCCUCCUUCCCUCAGUAAGCGCAGGCCUUUCACCCCGAAAAAGGACCACCAGUCAGUGCAAGUCUGAGCCACCUCUCCUCCGCACCUCCAAGCGCACCAUCUACACUGCUGGGCGCCCCCCCUGGUACAAUGAGCAUGGCACCCAGUCCAAAGAAGCCUUUGUCAUCGGUCUGUGUGGCGGCAGUGCUUCAGGGAAGACAACCGUUGCUAGAAAAAUAAUUGAAGCUCUAGAUGUUCCAUGGGUAGUCCUGCUUUCCAUGGACUCCUUUUACAAGGUCCUCACUACAGAACAGCAGAGUCGGGCUGCCAGUAACGACUACAAUUUUGACCACCCUGAUGCUUUCGACUUUGAUUUACUGACGCACACGUUGCGCAAACUCAAGCAGGGAAAGAGCGUUAAAAUUCCUGUGUAUGACUUUACAACUCAUGGAAGACAGAAGGAGUGGAAAACAGUAUAUGGAGCUAGUGUUAUCAUCUUUGAGGGGAUCAUGGCCUUUGCAGAUAAAGAUCUCUUGCAGUUGCUGGACAUGAAGAUCUUCGUAGACACGGACUCAGACAUCCGGCUAGUGCGGCGGCUGAGGAGGGACAUAACCGAGAGAGGCCGUGACCUUGAGGGCGUCAUCAAACAGUACAACAAGUUUGUCAAGCCGGCCUUUGAACAGUACAUCGAGCCCACCAUGCGCCUGGCUGAUAUUGUGGUGCCUCGUGGUGGCGGCAACAUGGUGGCCAUUGAUUUGAUAGUGCAGCACGUCCACAGUCAGCUGGAGGAGCGCGAGCUCAGCGUCAGGGCAGCCCUGGCCUCCGCUCACCAGGCCCAGCCCCUCCCCCAGACACUCAGCGUUCUGGAGAGUACACCCCAGGUCAGGGGCAUGCACACCAUCAUCAGAAACAGAGAAACCAGCCGUGAUGAGUUCAUCUUUUACUCCAAGAGGUUGAUGCGUCUGUUGAUCGAGCGAGCGCUCUCCUUCCUCCCAUCACAGCUCCACAUAGUCCAGACCCCCCAGGGAGAAGAUUAUGAAGGCAGGACUUUCCACGGGAAGAGGAUCACUGGCGUGUCCAUCUUACGGGCAGGAGAGACCAUGGAGCCUGCACUAAGGGCCGUGUGCAAAGACGUCCGCAUUGGAAAAAUCCUCAUCCAGACCAACCAGGACACAGGAGAGCCAGAGGUCCAGCUUCACUACCUGCGCCUCCCCAAAGACAUAAGUGAAGAUCAUGUGAUCCUGAUGGACUGCACCGUGUCCACCGGCGCUGCUGCCAUGAUGGCCGUGCGAGUCCUGCUGGACCACGACGUACAAGAGGACAAGAUCCUCUUGGUCUCCCUGCUCAUGGCUGAAAUGGGCGUCCAUUCUGUGGCCUACGCCUUCCCACAGGUCAAGAUCAUCACCACGGCUGUAGACAAGAAGGUCAACGAUCUAUUCCACAUCAUACCUGGCAUUGGAAACUUUGGUGAUCGAUACUUUGGAACUGAUGCCCCUCCUGACUGGAGUGACGACGACAUGGACGAGCCCAGUUACUGAUUCUUGCAGGAUCCUGUGCCAGGUGGUCCAACAGCAACACACCUAAGACGAUGUACACUUGGUUUUGGUGCAUUGUUUGUUUAAAUUAUUUUAUUGCUAAUGGAGAUGUAUCGUGAUAUCAAGGUGAACAUAUUUUUGUACAGUAUGUAAGUAACUUUUACGUUGCUGUUUGGCCUUAAAAAGUGUAAUACUGUGGAAGACACAACUGAAUGUGCAACUCUUGUACACACCGUGGUAAAAACACGUUAUCUCAAAUCAGCACACAAACGUAAUUUUCAUGUGCACUUCCUCAACAACAAUUCAGUAGGAAAAUACGUUUUUUUAUGUUUUUGUUUUUAAAGGUUUCAAGAUCAGAGAUGUGGCUGACUAUUUUAAACUUUAAAUUAUCGUGCUCCAAUCAAUCUAAUAUAGUGGUUCUCAAACUUUUUUCGCCAUGUACCACUCUCCAAGUACCGCCAUAAUGACCAACAUUAAAAUACAGUAGCGUAGUAGGCCUAAAUAUUUAUUGAAAAUCAUAUACAUUUUAUUUUUUUGUCCACUGUAACAUUAUACACUGUUUUAACAGUAACACUGUGUGUAAAUAUAGGAAAAUAAAAUACUCUACUUUAAUCUUUGGCAUACCACUAGUGGUAUACGUACUACAGUUUGAGAAUCACUGAUCUAAAGAAAAGAAAAGAGGAAUUUACUGAAUAUGUUGUUUUCAAAUACUUUUAUAAAAUGCACUACUUUACCUUCUAUUUGUACAAGAAAGUAAAGUUCUCUCCAAAAACUUUUACUUGGUUGUGAAAGUACUCCUUACUUUGACUUUUAAGGUCUCAGCUGCUUUUCCUCUGUAGAAAGAUGUCAGCCCACAUGCGCCCCCUCACAGUUACCAGGGUACUGUGCACCUCACUUUAUGACAUUUCUCAAAUUUAUAGUCGGGUUAUUGAGAAUAAUCAUUUCACACUUACAUUAAAGACGUCACACCGGCAGUGAAACGUGUUUUUGCAAAUAUUAUAUUGCUGGCAAACUAAAAAGUUUGAGUUAAUGAGUCCCAAUUUAUAAAGGAUUGCACAAUCAGAAGGUAGCCUCAUCUCAAGUUUCUGCUCUGUAUUUGACCAAAAAAAUUUGCAAAUUCAGCUAUUAUUACUUGACAGAACUUAGCCGGAUGGUAAUCACACUGAAAUUGAUUUGUAACAGUUCAAUGGAAUAAUGUUAAAGGGGAGAGCUAUGAUUAUUUUAAUACACAUUUUGUUGUGGUCUAGAUGAUGUUUUGGAUCCAUUUCGCUCCACAAUCACUUUUUUAACCUACUUUCUGAAAAUGUCAGCAAGACGUUCGUUUUAUGAGGCGUUCCCAGAUUGCAACUUUAUAAACAUUAUAUAGAUUAACUUGAUCACAUUAUUAUAAACAUUAUAAAGAUUGACCCGAUCACAAUUUAUGAACAUUAUAUAGAUUAACUUGAUCACAACAUUAUAAACAUUAUAAAGAUUGACCCGGUCCCAAUUUAUGAACAUUUGAGUUUGAGUUUGAGUUUAUUUCGAACAUGCAAGCAUACAACAUGAUACAUCACAAUUUCAUUUCACAUUAUAUAGAUUAACUUGGUCACAACAUUAUAAACAUUAUAUAGAUUCACUUGAUCACAACUUUAUAAACAACAUAUAGAUUCACUUCAUAACAAUAUUGUAGACAUUAUAUAGCUUCACCCGGUCACAAUUUAUAAACAUUAUAUACUGUAGAUUCACUUGAUCACAAUAUUAUAAACAUAUAGAUUCACUUGAUCACAACAUUAUAUAGAUUCACUCGGUCACAAUUUAUAAACAUUAUAUACUGUAGAUUCACUUGAUCACAACAUUAUAAACAUAUAGAUUCACUUGAUCACAACAUUAUAUAGAUUCACCCAGUCACAAUUUAUAAACAUUAUAUAGAUUCACCUGGUCACAAUUCAUAAACAUUUGAUAGAUUCACCCGGUCACAAUUCAUAAACAUUUUAUAGAUUCACCCGGUCACAAUUUAUAAACAUUAUAUAGAUUCACUUGAUCACAACAUUAUAAACAUUAUAUAGAUUUACUUUAUCACAACAUUAUAUAAAUUCACCCGGUCACAUUUUAUAAACAUAUAGAUUCACUUGAUCACAACAUUAUAAACAAUAGAUUCACUUGAUCACAACAUGAUAUAGAUUCACCUGGUCACAAUUUAUAAACAUUAUAUAGAUUCACCCGGUCACAAUUUAUAAACAUUAUAUAGAUACACCCAGUCACAACAUUAUAAACAUUAUAUAGAUUCACUUGAUCACAACAUUAUAAACAUUAUAUAGAUUUUAGUCUAUAAAAUCCGCUACACCUCCCUGAUACCGAAGUACAUGUCAAACUACUUCCUUAACGUAGUAAAUGACCGCCAUAACCACAACACCAGGGGGAGCUCCACUAACCACGUUAAACCCAGAUUCCGAACUAACAAAGGUCUUAACUCAUUCUCUUUCUAUGUGGAAUGCGCUCCCAACAGGUAUAAAAGAAAGGGCAACUCUAUCCUCCUUCAAAACCGCAAUAAAAGUUCACCUCCAGGCAGCUACAACCCUAAACUAACACCCUCCCCGGAUUGCUAACAAUCAAAUGUAAACAAUCAAAUGCAGAUACUUUUUCUUAUGCCUUCUGAUCUCUCUCUCUCUCUCUCUCUCUCUCUCUCUCUCUCUCUCUCUCUCUCUCUCUCUCUCUCUCUCUCUCUCUCUCUCUCUCUCUCUCUCUCUCUCUCUCUCUCUCUAUGUCCACUACUUGAUGUCCAUAUCCUAACCCCCCCACCUCCCCCUCCACACCCCUGAUUGUAAAUAAUGUAAAUAAUUCAUUGUGAUUAUCUUGUGUGAUGACUGUAUUAUGAUGAUAGUAUAUAUGAUAGUAUAUAUCUGUAUCAUGAAUCAAUUUAAGUGGACCCCGACUUAAACAAGUUGAAAAACUUAUUCGGGUGUUACCAUUUAGUGGUCAAUUGUACGGAAUAUGUACUUCACUGUGCAACCUACUAAUAAAAGUCUCAAUCAAUUUACUUGCUCACAACAUUGUAUAGAUUCACCCGGUCACAACAUUAAAUACACCUGCACACUCCGAUGGCUAGAGAGCUGCAUAAAAAAGCAAGCAUCUAUGUCCCUGCAUGUCGCACAUGUGUGUUAUUCUGCUCAUGCCAACAUUAGAUGGAAACAACUCUUCAUCCUACCUCAUCUUCAUGCUUCCUCAAACCAAGUCGUAAUGUCGCCGCCUUUUUCUGUUGAAGUUCAGCUGCUAAUCCAGUUUUGUUUUGGCCCAAAUGUCGUGCACAAAUAGACACAGGAGUAUUUAUUUCAUAAUAUUUAUUUUAUAUUCAUAAAGCAGGUGUGAGGUCAUGAAACGAGACUAAAUAUACGAAAGUUCCAGCAGUGUGGACUCAGCAGAGGGGGAGGAGGCUUUCUGACACAAUACGACCAAGAGUGCCCACAUAUGUACGUCCACCCCACUGUGACGUCAUAAAUCCCCCACUUUAAAAAAAAAAUACUGCAAAACCUUGCAAACAGAGGUAACCAAAACUGAGUGCACGCUCACGCUAAAAUGCACAAACUUUAUGAUUUGAGGCUUUGCCGUUGUUUCACAUUAUUAUCCAACAUUUAUAAGUCAGAAAAGACAAAAAUCCUCAUUGGUCCUUUUUAAUAUUGAUUUUAUGUUACCUUUUUUUUCUUGACCUCUAGUUCAAACCUUUGCUCUUUGGGGUUUUGUCAAAUGUCAUUGAGAAUCAUGCACAUAAGACUGAAUGACAGUUUACAAAAAACAACAACCAGCAAGCAAGGAAGUCGUACGCAUUUUAAGUUUCUGUUAGCUUAUUUUCCUCAUUUCACUUGCACUGCCCGUCAUGUUGCAAUGCUGUCACUCCAGUGCACUGCAGCACUAGUGCAACAUGGACCCUUUAAGUCCCAUAACAUGCAGACUUUCAAUGGCUUUUUGGCGGAAUGUUUGUGCCGUACAACAAGUAAUAAAUAUGCACUGCUUUGUUUACAACCUUUGAUGCUUGUUUUUAUAUGUGCAAUAAAGUGCAAUAUCUGUAUAUUCAA